AUGAUCUCGAAAUACAAUAUCAUCAGAUUGUUCGCAAUUAGCACAAUUUUGACGCUUACAACAAAUUUCCCAUCCGGCUUCACUAACUCCUCAAUAAACACUGCAAUUGUGGAACUUAAUCGCUUUAUUAAUGAAAGCUAUACAUCAAGAGGAUGGAACAUCACUUCUUUGGGAUAUUCUAUGAUUCGAUCGGCAACACUAAACUGUUGGUUCGUUUCACAAAUUUUCGGUGCAGUCGUAGCUCCAAUCCUGACAGACCGUUACGGGCGAAAAGUGGGAUAUAUGACCGCUGGAGUUGUUAUGUUGAUAGCAGCAAUUAUGCAGUACAUCGCAACUCUUCUUGGGGUUCCGGAACUUCUGAUUGCUGGGCGGGCGUUAUGCGCAUUUUGCUCGCCGCUUAGUGACGCGUCUCUGAUUAUGUAUCUUCAGGAAUGUUCACCUGUGGAACUUCGUGGAGCUUUUAGCUUUAUGUGCGAAAUUGGAUAUGGUUUGAUGUGCUUGCUUGGCAUGGUGCUAGGUAUGCGAGUUGUUUUGGGCGACUCGCUUUCGCAGCUUCUUAGCGUUUCCAUAGUGCCGCAAGCUCUUUUCGUGUCCUUUUUGUUCUUUAUCCCAGAAACACCAAAGUAUCUUAUGAUAACAAAAAAUAAUCGCGUAGCAGCUUUAAAGUCUUUAGAAUUCUUCCAAGGGCGCAAAAAAGAGAACGAGUCUUUACUUGACGAGUACGCCAGAGAAGCAGAAGUGGAAGGAAGUUCAAAAAGAAGCAGCAUAAAAGAAGUGUUAACCACUUGGCAUUUGAGACAAGCCGUUAUUCUUGCUUCUAUGGCUCUAGCACUAUCACUUCCAUUCUAUCCAGUUCUCCAGUCAUCUACAUUGUUCUUUACAAACGCGAACAUCGGAAAUGAAAUAGCGGAGCUGUCAUCAACUAUUCUUAUGGUUUUGCUGACUGUUUCAUCAGUUAUUGGCACUACUUUCGUGGACAAAUUUCCUCGGAGGCUGCUGUUAUUCAUAUUUGGUGGCAUCGCGACAACAUUUCUUUUAUUUUUCGUCAUCUGUGCUUCUCUUUGCGACUAUUUCUGGUGGAUGAAAUAUGCAUGUAUUUCUUCGAUGUUCUUGUACAUGGUGGUUUACGCGAUGGUGAUUGGUCCAAUGACGUGGUUUAUCGGUCCAGAAUUGGUGCCACAAAGGCAUAAGUCGACUGUAUUCUGCUUUUGCUUUGCUCUUUGUAAUGUGCUUAUUACAUUCACCAACUUUUUAUCAGUAGCGUUUUAUGAGAAAACCGGACCAUUAACCUUUGUGCCUCUGUAUAUCAUUCCAUCUUUCGUUUGCUUAAUAUACUUAUAUCUGUAUCUUCCUGAAACACGGAACCGUGAGACUCACGAGAUUGUCGCAUCUUUGAAGAGGAAACAUAUGAAGGAUUUUAGGCGUUAUGCUGAAAUAACGCCUGAACUGACAAAGAUAUAA